AUGGGACCAAAAGUCUUCCAUCGAGUACGUUCCUCCAUGAGUUCUACUCGUGACCUACAAGCGCCCUGGGCGAGACCGCUCUCAAAGCGGCUGAUAAUUUCAUAUGUCGUGGACUGGAUAUUCAUAUUGUUCACUGGAGCUUUGGGCCGUAUUGUUAAGGUUGCCGAGCCUAACAGGAGACCAUUUAGUCUCACCGAUCAGAAUAUAUCUUACCCAUUCGCUGUUCAUGAAAGAGUUCCUGUAGCGACUCUUAUGAUGGCCAGCCUUCUUGUGCCGGCUGCCGUGAUCGCUGUUUUCAGCAUGCUUAUUGUCCCAGGUCCGGCAGACAAACGCGCCUUCGGCGCGGAGGCAUGGCGACGGAAAUUCUGGGAGUGGAAUGCAGGAUGGAUGGGCUUGGGUGUGGCGUAUGCUGGCGUGUACGCAGCGACGGAAGCGAUGAAGGUCAUGUUUGGCAAGCCCAGGCCCGACCUACUGGAUAGAUGCGAUCCAGACUUGUCGAAUAUUGCGGCGCACGUCAUCGGAGGCCUGGGUGGUCAGGUUGCUGGUGCCCCUUCGCUCGUGUCUUGGACGAUCUGCAGGAAUACCACGAAAAGGCUCCUGAAAGAUGGAUUUGUGAGCUUCCCAAGCGGCCAUUCUUCGAUGUCCUUUGCUGGUUUGACGUAUCUGUCAUUAUGGCUUUGUGCUAAGCUGGCUAUUACAAUUCCGUUCUUGUCAGUCGCAUCCCUUCAGGAGGUCGAACAGCCAAACCUCAACAAACCCCCUGUGUCGCUUCGAAACCGGGGUGCAGCACCACCGACUGUUCUGGUUCUUUUAGUUUUUGUGCCUAUUGUGGCAGCAACAUAUAUAGCGUCUAGUCGGUGGGCCGAUAGCCGCCAUUUUGCCUUUGACAUCCUCUUCGGUGCUUUGUUAGGCAUCGCCUUUGCAUGGCUCGGGUUUCGCUUGUAUCAUCUCCCGUUAAAUUCAGGGCAAGGGUGGGCAUGGGGUGUGAGGGACAAGAACCGAGCAUUUUUUGGAGACAUAGACCACACGAGUUACGCAGCUGACAGGGCACUUUCAACCACGAGGAAUGCCCGUUCGUUCUCACCGAAUUCCGCUGAGAGAAACAGAGACGAAUUGUUACCCACGCCGGAUGAAAGGCCGAAUGGGAGCUCGACUAAUGGUUACUGA